CAAGUGCUAGUUUAGGAACGAAAUUCAGUCUACAUCGAAAAGUUACACUGCAAUGUCUUAUUUUUAGUUUUUUUUACAAAACAAAUUUUACAAAAAAAAAGAAAUAUUUUUACCUUCUAGUCAUUUAGACCGUUCGUAAGAUGACGCAGUUUAAUUAUGGACGUUUUGCUGGAGUUUUAGAAGAAUCGGUGUCUUCCAGAAUUGCUGAACCUUCUUUAGGGAGAACCUUUUGCGAUUACGAUAGUGGAGAGUACAUCAAGAAGAAGUUUCGGACGAAAAAGAGAAUCGAUCAGUUGGGGUUUUCUGCCCGACUCAACCAUGCAGGUUUGGACAUUAAAUUGCACAACGAAGGCUGUCUGAUGACUACGGAUGAUAAUUUUGUGGCCAAGGUACGAAUCGAUAAUCCACAGCUGAUCGCACAAGCUGUCGAUUUUAGUGAGGCAAAACGAAAUCUGCUCCAACAACUGCGGGUUUCCAAAGUUCUGCAAGAUGAUUUGGCGACUGACCGAAACACAGGGCAGACUUCCGUAGAAGAGGCAAUUCAAAGAGUCCUACAACGAAUAUCGACGGACAAAAGCAAUUCAGAGAAUAUUCAAUUGUGUUAUUUAAUAAACACCCAUUCUAGUUUUAGCCAACUGUGUGAAGCGAUAAAUGCGAACAAAUCAAUGAGCACCGAAUUGCGUGCUACAGCAGUAACAUUUUUGAAACUCGAAGCUCAUAGUACUGCAAGAGAUAAGAUUCUAGCUCAGUUCAAUUAUUAUCAGGCGAUAACAUCAAGCACAGAAAUAAUCGCUCGAUUACGCGAAAUUGUAGAUGAAAACAUUAGAGACUACAGAGAGCAGCUGUUGGAAAUUGCGCCGUUCUGUUUGAGAUACUUUCUCACCAAUUGCAGCCACGAUCGAAUUCUUUUCGUUCCAAACAAAGAUGUCGCUUUAUUCUCUGAUAUGACGGGAAGUCUAGAUGAGGAAAUAUUUCAGAAACCGCUGACUCACCUUGCUGUUCGGUGGAUUAAUUCUGUGGAAAAGUUAACAGUAACAAAACCGCUUCCAGUUAAUGGAUUAUUGAAUACGACUUUUUAUCUUCUGACAAGAAGCUUGCAGGAAUUGAUUGUUGAAAUUAGUGAUCAAACAAACCACGAAAGGAAAGAGCUUCUCAUUAGUAACAGUGUUUCAGGAUGGCAUUCGAUUAAAAAAAUUACUUGGAAGUUUGAGAAUGCGUUGACAAAAUGUUUGGAGCGGGAAUAUUUCUUCGUGUUCCAGCUCUUGAAGCAUCUCGAUCUGAGUAAUGAAUGUGGAAAUUACACUCCAAACUUGAUUGAGAAACAAAAGUUCAAUUUAUCACGAGAACAACAUUUAACAUGGAGGCAACUCACGAAGUACAAUUCAAAAAAUAUAGCUGACGAAAAGUAUAUUUGGUACUGUCUACUGGGUGACGUUCUGUUUCAUACUCUACCACCGGAAUAUAAAUUUGAUUGCUUCGAAACCUUCUUCGAAGGUUACGUGGAAUUUAUGAUUGAAGCUGGUCCCGAUCAGAUGGAAAUGCUUCGUGUUAUAACGCACAGUACAGCCCGUUUUAUAGUACAAACUAUGACAUUUUUGGCAAAGGAAAAUUACUCCACGAUUGACCACCAGAUUUUGCAAAAACAGCUCGACUUAAUCAAUGCUAAAUCCGUUCAAUCGUUGCUCUCUCCAAGGAGCUUCCGAGAUUUGGUGAAUGAGUUCAACUUAUAUUGGAAACUUAGAGAAGAUAUUAUAGCUUUGAUUCCUUCUAAAAUCUGUCUUCCGGAGGUGAAGUCACUGACGAAGGUUUUGCUGGAAAUUGUUUUGGUUGCGUUGGACAAAACUAUCGCCCCGAAAGUUUUGCAAUCCUUUUUCAGCGCCUACUGUGAGCUGUUGAUAGAUUUAAAUAAAGUUCCAUUCAAUUGGUUUGUGAAAGCUUUCCCCGGAGUCAGUAUGACUAUGUUAGAGGAUUGUAAAAUAAUUGAACCAAUGAAUAACAAAUGGAUCGAAACAAAACAUAAAACUUAUCGGAUAACAGAGGUGCAAAAAUUUACCAAAGCAGUAUCAGCGCUUCUUGAGAGUUCUUUACACCCGAAGCAUUAUGUUAUUGAAGUUUUACUCACGUUGCUGUCGUGCGUUAAAAACCAGCUAACAAAAGUCCAGUGGAAAUCAGGUAUUAAACUUUCUGAAAUGGAACAAAUUUGUACGAGUACAGAACUUAUAGAUGCUGUGAGAAAAUCCUUCCUGUAUCUUAAAGAACAACCGGAUUAUGAGUCAUUUGAACUAUUUUCGGAGGAUUUAAUCGAACCUUUCACAAAUGUCAUUGAUAACAGUAGCUCUCAUGCCGACUUCACUAGUCAAAUUAAUGGAAUCAAAAAUCCAUAUUUGAGAUUUAUUCGAAGACAAAACCAAAUGGAUAUCGAUCAAGUUCUAAAGUUGUUCGAAGAAUUGAACAGCGGAUCCGACAUAGAAGUGUUAAGCUCCGCAUACCUUAAAUAUAAUGAAACUUUUCACCAGCUUUUUGAGGAUUCACUCGAUGAAUACACUUCGGCAGCAUCUCGGGUUGCCAGCAAAGUGUUAGAAAUGAAGUUCCCAAAGCCAUUUGCAAGCUGGACCAUCGAUGACAAACGAGAACGAAUACCAAAACUCCUGGCAGGGUUGGCAGUUGUUUGGUCCAUUCUCGAAUCCAAGGAUAUUUCAAGCACCGGAAAAUUUCUCACUCCUCGUUGCAGUCAAAUUCUUUGCAUACUUCGUAUGCUGAGUGUUGAUCGAGUGACGGAAGGCGUUGAAAACCAUCUUGCAGAAGUUCAGAGCGGACAGGGAAAAUCGUUGGUCUUAGCUUUGACAGCAGCUUUGUUGGCGUUGACUGGUCAUGAGCCUAGAAUUGUUUGCAGCAAUGAAAAUCUGGCAUCACGAGAUGAACACAACUUUCUGCAGUUUUUUACACUACUCAAUGUCGAAAGUUCCAUUGUUUAUGCAGCAACUCGAAUCCGUAUCGAUGAUGUAAUUGAUCGUACGGAACUGGGCAACUUGCUUAUGCAGAAGUUUCUGGGCAAAAGAGAGCAGAAACGGAGAAUAAAUUUUCUCAAAGAUAUGCGUAAUUCAGUUAUCCUAAUAGAUGAAGCAAAUAACGAAAGUAAAAUCUAUAAUCUUACUCGAAUUCUCACGAUGGUUAAGCUGCCGGGGUUGGAUUUAAUACAGGAGAAGAUUUGGAAUCUUGUAUCUUCACAAAAAGGUAACAGCAAAAUCGAUGACAUCCGAGCUGCCAUCUAUGCUUACAUCGGUUCAAAGGAAAUGAUGAGAAAGAAACAAUUUCAGGCCUUCCUUGCUAGUGAAAAGCAGACUGAGCUAAUCCUAUCUUGGUUGUUUGAUAAAAGCACUUGCAAAUCUAGUAAAGAACUGCUAGACGACAAUAUAAACGAAAUGAUUAAAUGUGCUAUUAGAGUUCACAAUUCUCCAGUGAAUGGUAAUUUCAAACUCAGUCCUAAAGGCACCAUCCUUCGCCGAUAUGUGAACAAAUACGUGAACAACGUGUACUGGAAUUACGAUAACAUUUUCAACUACUUCCGGCUGUGCAAAACCGAUUACAAGGCAAAAAUGGGAAGCGAAAUCAACUACGGUUAUUUUCUGCUACAUUGCGGCCCAUUCUCACACACAAUGCUGUUGAAAAAUUAUUCGUUGAUUCUAGGUGUCUCCAGUAACUUAAUAACCAAUAGAAAAUUAAUUGAAGUUCAUUUCAACACCAACCAAACGACGAUUAUGCCAGCGCACUCCGGAGUCUCCAAACUUCGUUUCAAUCCAUCACUUAAUUUUUGUGUCCUAGUGGACGAUUCGCAAUGGAUGACGGAAAUUUUCGAUCGCAUCAAAACCGUAAUAGCGGAAAACCGAUCCGUUCUUGUCUUUUUUCAACACCAGAGUUAUCUCAAUAGUUUUCACGACAAAUAUUCUAGUCAAUUGAGUAAUAUAAACUUGUUGACAGAUGAAACUGGAGCGGAACUUAGACAACGAUACAUUGAAGAAGCGGGAAUAGUUAAAACUAUUACAUUAAUAAGCGGCGGAAUGGCACGAAAAUUCGACUACAAGUCCAGUGACCCGGUCGAACAGCACGGAGGCCUGCAUGUCACUCAGACAUUUUUCUCGCUUGAUCCUUGCGAAGAAAUAUUGAUCAAGGGAAGAACGGCCCGCAUGGUUAACCAGGGCAGCUUUGAGUUGAUAGUUUGCCGGGAUUAUCUGCCUAAAAAUUUACAUCCGGAUGAUGCGACUUAUGCGAGUUUACAUUCGGGUUAAUAAAAUCAGUUUUAGGUGGUAUGGACAGAAGUUCGUUGGAUGACAACAAGCGGCUUCGGUAUUGUCUACUGGAUUACGUUCAUUUUCCUGUUCCACCACUAAGCCUUCAUUUAAAGUACAUGGGGGAUAUCUUCUUCCACAUGGAACUCAGUAUUCAGCAUGAUCCGGAUAUGAUAGAAAUGCUUCAUGUUUUUCAUGACCGUUUGAAGACACAAAUUACGAGUUUUCUGGCAAAAGGAGAUUGUCUCAAGAUUGACAAACAUAUUUUAGAAAGACAGAUUGCCAUAAUUAUUUAUGAUUGCUACGGUUGCUCAAUCAAUCCAAGCAGAUUUCUAAAUACAGUAAACACGUUCAGCAUAUAUUGGAAACAUAGGGUAGAUACUAUAUUUGCACUUCCUGCCAGAAUAUGUCUUCCGGAGAUGGAAUCACUGAAAAAGGUUUUGCUGGAAAUUAUUUCGAUUGCAUUGUUUAAAACAGUCCCCGCAAAAUUAUUGGCAACCUUUUUAAACUCAUAUUGUGAGAUGUUGAAAGGAUUAUCUGAAGUCCAAUUCGAUUGGUUUGUCAAAGCUGUUCCCGGCGUCAAUAUGACUAAGCUAGAAGAUUCACAAGUGAUUGAACUAAUCGAUAACGAAUUGGCCGAAACAGAGCAUAAAACUUAUCGGGUCGUUGCGGUGGAAGAGUUUGCCAGAACAGCAUCAGGACGUACAAAACAUUACGUUAUCGAAAUUUUACUAACCAUGUUGUCAUAUAUUAAAAGCCAGUUAUCGCAAUUCCAGUGGAAAUCAGGUACUCGACUGUCCCCAACGGAUAAAAUUCGUUCCACUACAAUACUUCUUGAUGACGUAAGGAACUCCUUUCGGUAUCUCAAGGAACAACCUAAUUUUGAAUCCUUUGAAUUGUUUUCGGAUGAAUUUAUCAUACCUUUGAUAAAUGCCAAACGUGGCGACAUCUAUAGAGUACGUCUCGAAAGUGUUGACCAAGAGUACCUUGAUCAAAAUAAACGUUGUAUUGCUGUCAAGGUAUUAACAGAAUCUUACCCUGAGGACUGACUUAAGCGAUGGGGAGUAAAGAAAGCAGGUUUUGGGACCCAACACCAAGCAGUUUCCAGAGGAACAACUAGUGACAAAACUAAAAUAGGUUUAUCUCGACGGUAAAUUAACUUAUUUGAAAUUUGUUUAAUGCAAUAUCAAGAGUGUAAGUGAUAC